CAGUCGCACGCGCUACCAGGUGAACGAGCCGUCAUUUCCCAUUGGGAUGCAACGGUCGGUAAUUUACUUAAACUGUAAACCAUAAAAAGGUUAGCAAAACGUAUCUGCCCGAACCUUGAACAGCCAGUGACAGGGGGUUGUGGCACUCGUUGUAGUCCAGAAGUAGCAGGCUAACCCUCGGCGAGCUGGUAAUACGUUAUAUGGUGCUUCUGGAUCACUUCACCCUCACUGCUUUGGGCAGCAAGCUUCCUCCCUUUCCCUUUACGCACAUUUUCUCCCUCCCCUCUUGGUAGGACUAGCCGUUUCCCAGCGUUGAAACGCUUUUAUUGUGUGUUUGAAUCAUGGAUAAAACGGAGCUCAUUCAGAAAGCCAAGCUGGCGGAGCAGGCCGAGCGAUAUGAUGACAUGGCUUCCUCCAUGAAGGAGGUGACGGAGCAGGGAGCUGAGCUCACCAACGAGGAGAGAAACCUCCUGUCUGUCGCCUACAAGAACGUGGUCGGAGCGCGGAGGUCGGCCUGGAGGGUCAUCUCGAGUAUCGAACAGAAAACCGAGGGCAACGAAAAGAAGCUUCAGAUGGUGAAGGAAUACAGGGAGAAAGUGGAGGGCGAAUUACGCGAUAUUUGCAACGAGGUGUUGGGACUACUGAGCAAAUAUUUGAUUGAGAACUCUACAAAUGCAGAGAGCAAAGUCUUCUAUUUAAAGAUGAAGGGUGACUACUUCAGAUAUCUUGCUGAGGUCGCCUCAGGAGACGACAGGAAGGAGACAAUAACCAACUCUCAAGGCGCCUACCAAGAUGCGUUUGACAUCAGUAAGAAGGAGAUGCAGCCCACACACCCCAUCCGUCUGGGCCUGGCUCUCAACUUUUCCGUCUUUUACUAUGAGAUCCUCAACUCUCCUGAGCAGGCUUGCGCUCUGGCUAAACAAGCGUUUGACGAAGCCAUUGCAGAGCUGGAUACACUGAACGAAGACUCGUAUAAAGACAGCACACUUAUCAUGCAGCUGCUCAGAGACAACCUCACAUUAUGGACCUCUGACACCGCUGCAGAUGAGGGUGAUGGUGGAGAUGGAGGAGAAAACUAAGAGCUCACAUAAUCUUCACAGAUUAAAGAAUCCUGGAAAAUGACAACUUUUUACACUUCUUCAUUCCUUAUUGUGUCACUUAUGAUUAUUCUAGCCAUGUAAGCCCAUGAUCAUACCGAUGAGCUGUAAGUGUGGGAAUUCCAAUCAGUUUUUUUCCACCACGUGGCUUGUGGUUGUAAUGAAAGUAAAUAUUAAGUUAAAGUACAUCUCCAUUUCUUGGUUUUGUGUUUUUGUCCUUUGGCCUUCUUUAUGUGCAGUGUCUGCUGUAGAAAAGUAUUAGCCUCACAUAAAAUCGAUUGUCCUUUAAUUGUGACAAAGCGACUAGUGUGUAUAUUAUGGUGUAAUCUAAAGCAUUGGAAGAUUCAGUCACAAAAUGCAAAGCGUUUCGUAUCAAGCAUGGCUAGUUCUUGUCCUAUAUCACCUGCCAUCAUUUUAGGGAGAUCAACAUACACUUGAAAGAGAUAAACGUUUGUUGAAUCGUCAUAGUGUUGGCUUGAAAUGGGCCUUUACUUUAGUAUUGAUCGCAGGAAAGAUGUUGUCUCACCAAAUCAGCCAAGUAUGCACUUUCAUAGACCACAGAUACAUGAAGGUAACAAAACACUCCUGCCUGGUUAUGGUUUUCACUUUAACGUGUUACCUUGCGAUGGCUCAUGAUGGUACAAAUAAUUAUCUAUAAAAAUACCAUGCAUGCCCAUAUUUCAAUAUACACUGGAAUGAGAACCAAUACUGCAUACGUUUGGUUAAGUACUUUUCAUUGCAGGUUUAUGCACAUGUUGAGAGGAUGUUUGAUUUGUCAAGUGAUGUCUGUAGUUAUUUGGACCACUGUUGUGUUUUUGCUAAUCAUUCACUGUAGUCCUUUACCUCUACCCAAAGCCUUGUGAAAAUGUAUAAACCCUACAUAACGGCUAUGUAACCAGAAUUAAAUAACCAUUUUAUAAACCAUA